GUCCCCCCCCCUCCCCCCUCCGCCCCCCCAAGGAUACGUGAAUGACAACAUUGUGUGCCACUUCUGGGCAAGCAUGCUGAGCGGCCUUGUCACCACGGCUGCCUCCAUGCCGGUCGACAUUGUCAAGACCAGGGUACAGAACAUGCGCAUGAUCGACGGCAAACCCGAGUACAAGAACGGCCUGGACGUGCUGUUGAAGGUGGUUCGCAAGGAGGGCUUCUUCAGCCUGUGGAAGGGCUUCACGCCAUACUACGCCCGGCUGGGUCCCCACACGGUGCUCACCUUCAUCUUCCUGGAGCAGAUGAACAAGUUCUACAAGCUCUACUUCCUCUCUUAGAGGGGGCAGCGGGGAGGCGCUCCCCCGCCACCAGCAACGCGCGCACAACCACCAACGAGGAGGUGGGAAGACAAACGCCCCCAACGCUGUCCCUCGUCCCGCGCAGCAGUAACGCAGCAGGACAGAGCCAGCAGCAACGACGCAACUCGACAGCGCAACUUGACAGCGCAACUCGACAUCACAACUAGACAUCGCAACUCGACAUCGCAACUUGACAGCGCAACUUGACAUCGCAACUCGACGUCGCAACUCGACAUCGCAACUCGACAGCGCAACUCGACAGCGCAACUCGACAGCGCAACUCGACAGCGCAACUCGACAUCGCAACUUGACAACGCAGCAACAACAGCGCAACUCGACGUCGCAACUCGACAUCGCAACUCGACGUCGCAACUUGACAUCGCAACUUGACAUCGCAACUUGACGUCGCAACUUGACAUCGCAACUUGACAGCGCAACUCGACAUCGCAACUUGACAUCGCAACUCGACAUCGCAACUCGACAUCGCAACUCGACAACACAGCAACAACAGCGCAACUCGACAACGCAACUCGACAGCGCAACUCGACAGCACAACUCGACGUCGCAACUCGACAGCACAGCAACGACAUCGCAACUCGACAGCGCAACUCGACAGCACAGCAACGACAACGCAGCUCGACUCGAGCUGUUCGCACACCAGCGGCGGCGUCAGCCUGUCGGGUUGGAAUCGGCAAUGACGACGACGAUGACGACGA